AUGCCUUUAAAUAUUAGAGCCAAGCCCGCGCACAGCAAGCUGUCGGCUGGCCCAAAGAGUAGUGGGAACACUGAUGGCAGCACAUCUCAUUCACGCUUUUCCAGAUCCCCCAAACUGGGGAAAGGCAAACAGGCUGUAAGUUCAGCACCAGGCUCCCGUUCGGGGCUAGAACCAGGCUCUGUGUCAGGGGGUGCACCAGCACCAGCCUCUAAAUUGGCUGCAGGUCAGGGUUUGGGGUCAAGGCCAGGUUCAAAGAUCAAACCUAGCACAGCAGCAGACAAAGGAGCAACUCGUGGUUCAGGAACAGCUCCGGGGGGUAAAACCCUGUCUAUGGAGAACAUCCAGUCUUUGAGUGCCGCCUAUGCAACUUCAGGCACCAUGUACCCCUGUGAGCGAGAUUCCUUGGAACCCUCUGGUGGGUAUCCCAAAGGCACCAUGACGCUGGGCAGGAGCACCAGCCGCUCCUCCUACACUAACCGAACAACAGCCAUGGGCAGCACCCCAAACAUCACCUCCUCUGGCGUACAUCACCCUUCAGACUCCUACGGAGACCAGACCUUGCAUCCUGCAAGGACUUCCAGUCUGCGGCGCCAGUCAGGGAGACAACGACAGGCACCUGAUUCGGCUGGAGGGGGAGAAGAUUCGUCGUUUGAUCUCCAGUCUCAGCUGAGGGAUCUGCAGAGGGAGAAUGACAACCUGAGGAGAGAGCUGGAUGUAGGGAGGGAUGGAAGGACGGGCCCCAGCAUGAACAAUGUCAACUUCUGGAGCCCAGAUGUGAAAAGAGACAAGGUGGUAAGGCGAGAGGAGGGGGUGAAGACCUCGGUUUUGAAGGACCAGUACAGGACUAACCAAGAUGAUUCGCAGCAGCUUCCGUUGACAGUUCAGGAGCUUCAGGAGGAGCUGAGGGUUCAUAGGGAGAUGAAUAGUCGCUUGCAGCAACAGCGACAGCAGGGGAACUCUGGCUCCUAUCGAGCCAAUUUGGAUCCAUCAGAGGAGAAUUUCUUCCGGCUGCAGUCGGAGCACGAGCGACAGGCCAAGGAGCUGUUCCUGCUGAGGAAGACCAUGGAAGAGAUGGAGAUGAGAAUCGAUUCUCAGAAACAGACCCUGGGGGCCCGGGACGAGAGCAUCCAGAAGCUGCUGGAGAUGAUUCAGGGCCAGGGCCAGGGCCAGGGCCAGGGCCAGGGCCAGGGCCAGGGCCAGGGCCAGGGCCAGGGCCAGGCCAGGGCCAAGGUCAAGGUCAUGGAGGCCGAAGCUCAGCUGGAGAACAUGCAUGUGAGAGAGGAGCUCCAUCGCAGGAACCAGCUCCAGGCCGAUCCGGCCAAGACCAGGGCUCUGCAGACUGUAAUUGAUAUGAAGGACACCAAGAUCUCUUCCCUGGAGAGGAACAUCAGAGACUUGGAGGAUGAGGUCCAGAUGUUAAAGACCAGCGGCCUGCUGCACCCUGACGACAGGCAUGAUGAGCUCAAGCAGGUGGAGGUCUACAAGAGCCAUUCUAAAUUCAUGAAGACUAAGAUAGAGCAGCAGAAGCAGGAGCUGAACAGGAAGGAGUCAGAGAUGCAGGCACUGCAGACCAAACUAGAAACACUGACCAAUCAGAACUCAGACUGCAAGCAACACAUUGAGGUGCUAAAGGAGUCGCUCAGCGCCAAGGAGCAACGGGCCAAUACACUGCAGACAGAGGUAGAUGCUCUGCGAGUGCGUCUGGAGGAGAAGGAGCAGUUUCUCACCAAGAAGACAAAGCAGCUGCAGGACCUGACCGAUGAGAAGAGCACUCUGACUGGAGAGAUCAGAGACAUGAAGGACAUGCUGGAGGUCAAAGAGAGGAAGGUUAUUGUCCUGCAGAAGAAGAUUGAGAACCUGUUGGAGCAGUUAAAGGAUAAAGACAAACAGCUGGCUGGGUUGAGGGAAAGGGUCCAAGGUCUUCAGACUGACUCCAGCAACACAGACACAGCGCUGGCCACACUGGAGGAAGCUCUGUCAGAAAAGGAGCGGGUCAUAGAGAAUCUGCGUGAGCAGAAGGAGCGGGAAGACAGGGUUCGGCUGGAGGAGUUGGAACAGAUGAGGAAAGAGAACCAGGUAUUAAAGGACAAACUUUCAGCCCUGCAGCCCCAGAAACUGUCCCCGAGUCAACCUGCUAACUCCGUCCCGACUCAGAACCAGAGGCCUGAUGGAGCGGUUCCAGCCAAAGUAGAUGGGCCUCCAGCAGGAAGCCCCACGACCCAAAACUCGGAAGAAACAGUCCGGAAGUGUCCCGACAUCACAGAUCGUCUGAGGCUUCUGGAGCAGGAAGUGGCUCGCAACAAAGAGGAAUCUGGGAAGUCACAACUGGAAGUUGAGAGACUAAUGGCAGCUCUCAGGGAUGCUGAGAUGGACAAAUUGUGCAAGGAGAAGAAAAUCGCUGAUCUUGAGAGGCAAAUGAGGUCUCCUAACAUCCAGAAGCAGACAAUGGUUGGUGAGAUGAGGAAAGAUGCCCAUCCUGACGGACAUCCACACUCUUUAUCGCAGUUGGAGGAGCUUAUGGGGGCUUUAGAGAAGACACGCCAGGAGCUGGACGCCACCAAACUGCAUCUGUCCUCAACUCAGCAGUCCUUGCACGAGAGAGACGGACACCUUAAUAGUCUUCGCCAGGAGAGACGCAAACAGCUGGAGGAGAUUCUGGAGAUGAAGCAGCAGGCUUUGCUGGCAGCCAUCAGUGAGAAGGAUGCUAACAUCGCCCUGCUGGAGUUAUCCUCCUCCAAAAGGAAAAAAGCCCAGGAAGAAGUGAUGGCUCUUAAGAGGGAGAAAGACAAACUCAUGCACCAGCUCAAACAGCAGACUCAGAGCAGGAUGAAGCUGAUAGCGGAUAACUACGAGGAGGAUCACAUCCACCCUCAACAUCACUCUCACCAUUCUCACCACUUGCAUCCAGCAAAUAUGCAUCACCGAAGCCUGCCAAGAGGGCCCCCCCAUGCCAACCACCGACCCCCUAUGGACCAGGACGAUGAAGAGGGAAUAUGGGCAUGAUGACCAUCUUCGUGGAAACCCUGCACCAUUUUUCCACAGUUUCAUUGGUGGGGCCUUUCCACAGUGUCGCUCAGAGUGCUCCAAAAGCUGCUGGUAGAGCCAGGUACCACGAGGUUCAAGAGCUUCGACUGCAAGCAUGCACACUGAACCGGCCUAUAAUUCCCCACCGUCAUGAUCACCAGACAUGCAUAUACGCAUACAUAAGUAGAUGGACAAGCUCAGCGCUCAGCCGGUCAGGAACUAUACCAUCUUACCGAUGAAUGUCAUCUCCGCUGACAAAUGCAAUGGCCCGAUGAGGUUGGGUGAAUGUCCCUCACAGGACCAUCUGUCUUCAGUGUGGAGCUACAAGGUAUUGGCAAGCGGCCUUCAUUUCCCUAGCUGUUUUCAAUAGAGCUAGAUUAAUUUUACAGUACUGCAGCGCUACAGAGUUCUGGCUUCACAUCAACCGGCAAUCACUCCACCACUGUCUACUACUGGUGUGGCUAAGCUGAGCCAGUGGAACUAGCCGUCAAGCCAUGACAAUCCUGGACUGGUUUAUGAUGGCAUGAAUGUGUUUACUUCUGCAGCUAAAUAUCAGACUUUUGUAAAUAUAACAACAUGGACCUCAAAAUCCACAUCCACAGAGACCUUCUCAAUGUACCGUGCCAAAGGAGACAACUGUGUCUGCUGAAACAAAUUAUUGAAAUGGGACUGCAUCUGAAUCAUUCGGGCUGCCCGGUAAACCACCCUAGUUACUCAUUUAUUUGAAUAUCUCCCACUUCCUGCUGAGAGAUCAACAAGAAAAGGCGAAUUUGGGUUUAAAGACGCCGCAUCAAAACAGUGUGAGGAUCAGCUUACACCUCUAAAAUCAGGACCCUUAUUAAUGGGGAAGGAGUCACGGCUGACCUCAAAUCAGCCAGCUUACUGGAAGAACAGUCUGUUUAUACAUUUCUCCUUGUGUUCUUUUAGCCUGCUGUGCAUUUGUUUAAUCAACCAAUAUCAUGUUGUAGCUUUUCUACAUCCGAAACAGUUUUGAGUGCCACUCUUCUUCUAUUUAGAAGUUUUAACAGCUGUGUGUGACUUAUUACGCGAUGAGUGAUGUAAUAUUUUGUGUCAAUUUGUUAAUCCUGUGAAUCUGGGUGGCGAGUCUGUUUAUAAUCAAGUGACUUGCAUUUUAAAGCACUGCGUCAUUACGUUUUUCACUCUACUGGAGGUUGUUCAGAACGGACGGUGUGGUGUUUUGAUUGAACAGUAUAACAGUGUUUCCAUUUUGCCCUUACCUAACAUUUUUUGUACAGUGUGUGCAUGUGUGUGUGGUUUCAUGCUGCUCUCAUGUUUGUGAUGACUGUGAAAGUUUAGGGGGUAUCAGUAUUCACCCUUGACUUGUUCCACAGUGUUUUGCAGUGGU